UUUAUCCUCAAAAUCAAAUGCGUUGUUGUUGGUGAUAGUAAAGUUGGUAAAACCAAGUUGAUUCAGAUUGCAACAAAUGCGACGACUGAUGACAAAUAUGAACCGACUGUCAUUGAUGUUUACGGUAGGAAAUUGUCGCAUCCAGUGGCAUAUCCGCAUACAAUGGAAGUAUUCGAUUCGGCUGGAGCUGUGAGCAUUUCAACUAUUUGCGUUAAUUAG